UGAAGAAGCUCUUCGCAUUGAUCCUGAAUCUACAAAUUCCAUCUCUACUCUCGCGCUUUUGUGGCCUCUGGUCUGCUCGCGUCGAUGGACUCUGUAACUUAGGUUUCGGAUACGGGGUAGAGUGGAUUAAGGGGGGAGGAUUUUGAGCCUGUGCUUCUAGUGUUGAGGUAUUGGUAGGACGGAUUGAGGUAUUGGUGUUGGCAAUCGUGGCUGGUGGUUGUGAACUCAUUUUGACCCGCUGGAAGCAUCCAGGAACGGAGUGAAGAACGAUGAUUUGUUCGGAUUUGAUUUGGUUGUGAGGAGCUGAGAGAUUGUUUGAGACUUAAGUUGUGCAGAGGGAAAGGGAACGAUUGAUGCUCUCUUAGAAAUUGAGUGAAGUGGGUGUCAGAACCUUGUGCUUUUGUGUAAACCAAGAUGGACAAAGAUGGUCUUCUCACUGUUUUCUCCGAAGCCUCCCGUGCUGGAUGGUCGCUUCGCUCUGAUGUGCAGCUACAAGAGUGGCUGGAGGGUUUUGCCGAGCGUUUGAAGGAGAGAACGAGGAAAGUUGCGGCAGAGGUGCAUCUCUUGGGAGCAGAAACUGGUAAUGUAGAGCUGCAUCUAAAAAAUAGUUUGAACAGAUUGCGAGAUCUAUCGGCCACUCAAUUCAUUGAAAAUCGUGUUGACGAAGUGGAUGAGGUUUUUGUUGAGAAGAUGGAACAACCACCCAAACUGUCUCGCGUUGAGGGCUACGACUCUCAGAUAAUACCACGUUACAAGGAAGCAGUCUUGGCAGCUUGGGGUGCAUUUGAAGGGUUUAGAUCCAACAAGAUCGAUCUGCAAUCCUUGAAUGUGAAAUCAAGACCAAUAAGUCAGGGUGUUCAAAAUAGGCCAUCAAUGAAGCUACCCCACGUUAUUGGAACGGAGGAAUUCACAAGGGACAGCCAUUGUGGCCUUGCAGAUUUCAAAAUCCCUGAGGUGAAUGCAAGAGCCCCAAGCUCAGAGGCUGUUGAAAGUGGUAGUGACACUGAUAGAGAUGAAGCUAAAUUGGCUGAAGAAAUGGUGGGUGGACGCCCCUGGUUGGACGGGGAGUGGUCUGCAUCUGAAAGCGAGACAUCAGGCCAUCAGGGAGGUGUUCUAGAGCCCGCAGUCUCCGCUGCUCUGGAUUUUAAGGCAAUGUUGGAAGCUGCUCUGCGCGGACCAUCAUUCCCAUAUGAUGGAGGUAUCAUACUAAACCUGGAGAAUGCGCAUGAGCAGCACAGCGACGUGGAUAACGCUUCAACAUUAGUUCAACACAUUAUUAGUUCAACACAAGAAACAGACAGCGAUACUCCUAGGACAAGAUCUGAACCAGGAGAGGUUAAGUUGGACGGAGAUUUAUCCCCAAAGAAGGAAGAGACAUCUGCGGAGUACAACGAACAGCAUCAGGAUCAACUGUUAGCUUCACAGGCUCCAGCACAAGUGAACAGAACAAUUUUGCUACGGCCUCCUCCGCUUAAAGUGCUACCCCAACUGGACAGGAAUGAUAAUGCCGAUGUUACUGGUUCUAUGAGCCCACAAAACCUUUCGCCUUUGAAACUGAGUCAUACCCCAGCUGCACACGGUCCAUUUGACGGAUUUCCUAAAGAUCGAGACCCCACUCAUGGAAUAAGUCCAAGGACCGACAAAAUCGGCACUUUGAAGAUCCAGAAUAUCACUAGGUCCAGCCUCCCGCUUAACUUACGCACGGAAGAAAAUAAGCCCCAAUCUGCUUCACCUGCUCCACAGUCUGGGCCUCCAGCAUUUGCUGACGACCUUCCAAUGCCAACUCUUCCAGACAGUUUAUUUCAAGGGUUGAGAGCAGCGAUUCAAGCUCGGCAAUCGAGGUCGCAGUCAAUGCAAAGAAGCGAAGAUCCCGCGAUUAAAGAAGCUCCACCGACGCCAGAAGCUGCAGAUGAGGGUAGAAAAACACUUUCUCCUAAAACUUCUAUUCCAAGUAGGUUUUCACCAAUGAAGCCUAACCUGAAGGAUAAUAGAGGUAUCAUCAGCAAGAACAAGGGGGAGACGACUUCAAGAUUACAGGCAUCAAAAGUGCCACCUGGGCGGAUACCACAACGUUCGAUUUCAUUUCAAGGUAGUCUGUUCGAUGAUGACGAUAAUGAUGAUGAUAUCAAUGAAAACACUAGUUCUUUUCCGUCGAAGGAAGUUCCAGGCACACCUAGAAACGGAGCUGCAAAACUUAGUACAAAUCCAAGCUCUCCACUUUGUGGGCCCAAGUUGGUUUCUAGUAACAGUAUGGUUCGACAGCGGCUAUUUGAUGACUUCAAUGACUUGUCCACAGAGCCUCCGAUUGAAUCAGAAUCAGCUGCUGAUUCGGGACUUACUGACAAGGCUAAUUCUUCCCAGCAACCGUUCUUGUCUCUUCCAGAUUGGAAAAACACGAAUAGAUCUAGUGCACUAAAGAAGUCAUUAUUUGGUGAUAGCGAUGAUGAGGAAAGCGAAUGAUGACACUUGCCUUAUUCAUUUGUCUCAUUUUUUCGUUGAAUUAGUGGUGCGCAUACAUUCAACAGUAGAGUGCUUUUAGUUUGCUAGUGUAUUGUUGUGCACACAGUGGCAACACGGAUUGGUUAUUCGUCUGCGCUUCUAUUUUUGAGCAGGUUUCUGUUUGUGGCUCUGCCCAUCUCGUUGGAGUUGCUCCUGCCGAGCGAUUGUAUUCUGGUUUUGUAACAGAUCUUCAAGCUAUGUCCCUCAGAAAAUCACUGGUUUUUAAUCCUCA